AUGCCCUUCAACCGGCCUCAAGAUCAACUAACACGUCCCCGCUCACAUCAGGAACCCCAAGACGUCGUGCCCCAGUCCAGUGACGAGGAAUCCUCCAGCGAGGAGUCUGAGGAGGAAGAGUCCGGCGAGGGCGAAGGAGGAAGCGAAGAUGAAGACGCCGGCCCCAGCUCCGCCGCGGGCGCAUCCAUGACCCGCGAAGAGCGAAGAGCUGCCGCCAAAGCAAAGAAACAAGAGGCGAUUGCCAGACGAAAGCACACCGCCGCGCAGCCGGGCGACCUGCCGCCGAGCGACUCCGAGGCCAGCGAAGACGAAGACCUACCUGCCAAUCCCAACCACACGGCCAAGUCCCGCUCGCAGCUGCAGAAGAAGGAGCCCGACGAGAAAGCUGCCCCGGCGCCGAAAAAGGCACCCGCUGAUUUAUCGCAGCUGUCGCGACGGGAGCGUGAGGCGGUCCAGGCGCAGCAGGCGCGCGAGCGGUAUAUGAAGCUGCAUGCGGAGGGGAAGACGGAUGAGGCGCGCGCAGAUCUGGCGCGGUUGGCGCUUGUGCGAGAGCAGCGCGAAGCCGAGAGAGCAAGGAAGCAGGCGGAGAAAGAGGAGAAGGACGAGCAGGCACGGGAGCGCGCGGCUGCUGUGAAGGAGCGCGAGGACAGGUUGCGACAGGCGGCGAUGGGCAAGCCGAAGAAGGGUGGGAAGAAAUGA